CAAAUCUGUAUCUCUCUGGUUUAAUUUAUUGCAGAUCUUUUGACUAAGUUCAUGUGUUCCGUGUAUCUGAAGUCAUUAGUUGACUUUAUUCACUACUUAUCAAUAUAUACAACAAUAGAGACUAUAGAAUAUAUAAUCUUAUUCCCUUGCAACCCUCUCAGUUUACCAGUAAUCAUGUCCCGUAAACUCGAUUGGUGGAUGGUUAUGCUGAUCAUUGCUCUGACUAAUACCAAGAACUCCCAUUGCAAGCUGGUGUGGGAGGGCUUUGGGUUACUCAAUGGUUUCACGUCGUUGACAAACACCAAGAAGCACGCCUAUGGUCAAGCCUUCGACGACGAGAUACUUACUUUCAAGAAUAACUUCACAAAUGGUACAGUUCCUUCUUUCUCUGUCAGCUUCUUUUUUGCUAUUGUCCCUGAGCAUAAGCACAAAGGCUCUCAUGGUAUGGCCUUUGUGAUUUCUCCCACGAGAGGAACUCCUGGUGCAUCUGCUGAUCAGUACCUUGGAAUCUUUAACAAGUCAAACAACGGUAACAUCUCAAACCAUAUAAUCGCUGUGGAGCUUGAUAUACAUAAAGAUGAAGAGUUUGGUGACGUUGAUGAUAACCACGUUGGUAUCAACAUAAAUGGAAUGGAAUCUAUUGACUCGCAUCCUGCUGGUUAUUAUGAUCAAGAUGGUCAGUUCAGAAACCUUUCUUUGAUCAGUGGAAAGCUACUCAGAGUCACGAUUCUGUAUAGCCAAGAAAAGAAGCAGCUUAAUGUCACCUUAUCAUCACCGGAAGAGGCUUAUCACCCCGACAGGCCGCUUCUUUCACUGAACCAAGAUCUGUCACCCUAUGUUUUGGAGAAUAUGUACGUUGGCUUCUCAGCCUCAACGGGGUUGGUUGGAGCAAUGCAUUACAUGUGGAGUUGGUUUUUCACUUACGGUCUUAGUGUUCAUGAACUGGACUUCCCUAUACCGACGUUUCCUCCAUACCCAAAUCCAAAGUCUCAGGUGAAGCGGACUACUAUGGUGACCUUCUCGACAAUUCUUCUCUUUAUUGCACUUGUUGCCUCAGCUUUAAGUAUCUUCUUCUAUAAGAGACACAAAAUGGUGAAGGAGGUUCUAGAAGAAUGGGAGAUUCAGUGUGGUCCCCAUAGGUUUUCUUACAAGGAACUCUUUAAAGCCACCAAGGGUUUCAGUGACAAACAACUCCUAGGUAAAGGAGGGUUUGGUCAGGUCUUCAAGGGCACACUUCCAGGUUCUGACACAGAGAUUGCUGUUAAACGAAUCUCUCAUGAUUCAAGACAAGGAAUGCAGGAGUUCUUGGCAGAGAUAUCGACUAUUGGUCGGCUUAGACAUCAGAACCUAGUCAGGCUUCAGGGCUAUUGUAGGUACAAGGAGCAGCUCUACUUGGUUUAUGACUUUAUGCCCAAUGGAAGUCUAGACAAGUACCUCUACCGCAGAGGGAAUCAAGAGCCACUCACUUGGAACCAACGUUUCAAGAUCAUCAAAGAUGUUGCCUAUGCACUCUGCUAUCUUCAUCAUGAGUGGGGACAAGUUGUGAUUCAUAGAGACAUCAAGCCGGCUAAUGUCCUGAUUGACCAUCAUAUGGAUGCAAGGCUUGGGGAUUUCGGUUUGGCUAAGUUGUACGAUCAGGGUUUUGUUCCACAUACAUCUAGAGUAAUUGGAACUAUUGGGUAUAUAGCACCUGAGCUCAUAAGAAGCGGAAGAGCAACCACAGGGACAGAUGUAUAUGCCUUUGGGUUGUUUAUGCUGGAAGUUUCUUGCGGUAGAAGGUUAAUAGAGCCACGAGCACCCUCCAAUGAGGCCGUCCUUGCUGAAUGGACACUAGAAUGUUGGGAAAGUGGAGAUAUUCUCGAGGCAGCUAGUGAAAGACUUCGUGGAGAACAAGAUAGAGAACAGGUGGAGCUUGUUUUGAAACUAGGAGUGUUAUGUUCACACCAGGCUGCAACAAUUAGGCCGGACAUGUCUAAGGUGAUCAAGAUCUUGAACUGUGAUGUGCAGCUUCCAGAUAAUCUACUAGAUAUUGUCAAAGCUGAGAAGAUCAGAGUGUGGUCUGAGACAUCUGAGAGAGCACUUGGUGUCUUGAAUACACAAAUGUCCAUCGGUACCUUGACGCUUACGGAACCUUUUACCUCUCAUGGACGCUGAGACGUGAUGUCCAGGUCAGUCGUGAAAUGAUAUAUAACGUGUGUUUUUUUUUCUUUUCGUGUGUGUGUGUUUUUAACAUGAAAACAUAUGAAGUGUUGCUUUAUAAAUAUUUAUUUGUAUAUACUGUAUUGUAUUGAAUGUAUCUUUGCUUUAUAAAUAUUUUAUGUUGUUCAUUGUACUAAAUUUAUCGUUAUCUGGUUCAUUGCGAACUCUUUAUUUGUAUAUACACAUAAUUUUCAUGUUGGUUCGGCUCACCAUAGCACCAAACAAAAAUGGGAGAUGCUUUAACGUGCGCUGCUGCAACAAGAACCUGCGUAAACAAUUAAGCAUGGUGCAAGGUUGCUAGGUUUAUGACAGCUCUAGCUUGUUUUGAAGCUAGGAGUGUUUAAGUGCGCAUAAAGCUGAAGAGGUUUAGACCGGAUAUGCCUACGGUGGUUAAGAUCAUGGACGGAGUUUCUCAGCUUCAUGAUAACUUGCUCGAUAUUGUUAGAACUGAAAAGUUGGGGAAAUGGUAGGAGAAGUAUGGAGUGUGCUUGAUAUGGAAAUGACGAUGGAGUCUGCAUGUAACUUGACAGUCACGGAACAAUGACUUCUGUCGUACGGUAAAUGUGAUUGUAGCUGACGUAAGAUUUUUAACAUGUGAUGGUGUUACCUUUUCAAAUAUUUUUCAAGUUGUUGAUUGUAAUGAAUGUAUCGUUGUAUUUAUUACUGUUCUUACUUUAAACCGGCGGUGUGUUUAUUACACAUGUGACCUGAGAAGUACGUGUUUGUGUCAUUGUGUGUUUACAUUUAUGUUGUAGUACUUGUUGUGUUUUCUUGCUUGCAAACUAGUAAUUGGAUAAAUUUUGUGUAUUUUCAGCUGACCAAUGGAUUUAGUUUUGCUAAUCAAUGUAUAUACUCAUUUUAAUAGAUUAUUGGUAUCGUAAAACUGGAAAGCACCAAUCAGAAUAAUUACUAACACAUACUCCCAAAAAAUUAUUAAAACCUUAAACCAAAUUAGUAGUAUUAUAAUCUUUCGUCGCGGUUUCAAUGUCAAAUCGUUGUGCUCUCUAUGUAAAACGUUGUGCUGAAACUGGGAGAGCAUAUAAUAAAGACAUUCAAUGAUGCAGAGAAAUGCAGAACCAAAGACCAAAGUACGGUCAAUAUUACUUUCAUUUGCCAAGUGGGACAUCCACGUGGAGAAGCAACGCCAUUUGUCCCCUCAUUUUCUCGUGGAUUCUCACGCCCUAUAUACAUUGAAUAUUGCGAAAUUAAAUUUUAAAAAUUGACAUUUGUAUUUUAUUGACCUUUUACCCCUGUUAGAUCUAAUUCACAACUACAAUUGCACAAAGACAUGUUUAAGAAAUGAAAUAAAGCCAUCUAAUAAUCUUAUAUCUUACCUAAGGAGCUCAUAAGUCACAUCUAAUCAUGUACUAUAUAUUAAGCCAAGAAAUAACCAUCAAGUUGGAAGCAUAUAACAUAUUCUUUAGAUCGCACAAAUAAGAAAGUAAAACUAACUACAUUUUCCAAUUCGAAAAUGUUUAUCAUAAAAUUCAAUUAAUUAGCUAUAUGAU